AUGGCUGCUAUCGGCUCGCUCGUCUUUUGCACAGACUGCGGUAAUUUAUUACCUGCGUCCAAAGGGAGCGACAGGAAUGUUCUGACUUGCGACUGCUGUGGCGCAGAGAAUCGAGACACUGGCUCCAAGACGAUUUUGACGAACAGCAAGCCUUCCGAUUUCCCGUCCUUCCUGAGACAGAAGCUCCAGUCCAAUGUGCAGAAUGUCGAGCGCCAUACCAUCCAAAGGGGCAGCAAAGCGGACGAAACAUGCCCAAAGUGCGGCGGUACUCAAGUGACAUACGCAAACGUUCAGCUUCGCGGUGCAGAUGAGGGUUCUACUGUCAUCUACACUUGUGAAUGUGGAGAAUCAUGGCAGGAGAACAACUAG